AUGUGUUCAAGUUUGAGGAGGAUCUGGAAUUGGAACUCCAGAGGCGUUUUCCAGAUCUAUAAGUUUUGCUUGAGCCCAAGAGUGGCAAGGCCAGACUACGCAUGCCCACAGGGGCCCACAAGGGCCCACAACCAGGUUACAUCGGAGUAUGUAGCAUUUUCAAAGGCGCGUGGAAGGGUAGUGCAUGUGCAAUGCACAGCGACAACAAUGUUUACAUUGAUGUACAUCAGCCAGGUCGUAAGAUUUAUACCAGGGAACACGACCUUGCAUUUUGGGGGGCUGCCAAGACAACUACCAAAACAAGAUGCGGGGCAACAAUUUCGACCCCUCUGA